GCUCCGUGAAACUGUGCUUCGUGCAACGGUUGUAGAUCGAAUGGAACUUUCAUACCUUACACAACUCGAUUCGCGGGCGUAUGCUAAAGUUAAGUGACUGGAGUGAAAAACUUGCAGGAGAAAAAAUGAUUUAAAAGUGUGUUUCAAUAUUUCGCGUGUGAUAGUCGCGCCUGAGGUGGGCGAAUUUCUCCCGGAGAGACCAGAGAAAGAAAGGAAGAGAAUUAUGUGACAACGGAUGAUGUUCACACCAGGAGAUAGGCCAUUUUGCAAGACGUAAAGACACUAAAGCCGUACUUAGUUGGGGGAAGAAAGCACUGUGAACUCAAGUGAAAAAAAAGGAUAAAAGGGAAGCCAAGGAGAGUAGUUUUUAAGGAAUAACCCGUGCUCAAAAGCUGUGAUUAAAACCUCAUAUAGAGGGAGAGUUGUAAGGGACAGUGUGAGAAAUCCAGAUACACACCCCAAAAAAGGCCAUCACCCCGCGCAGCCCUCUUAAGUAAAUUAUUAAGUAUCAUCCUCGCAGGUGGAUCCCCUCGGCUAAGGGACAUUUUGGGACACCACGGCAGCGACACAGGCACUUUAAUUGCCACGGAGGGUCAGAGAAGAAAAAAAAAUCGACAAAGUGCUCGCAAUUUGUGUGCUCUUUCCCCAAGCUCGGAAAGCUCCACACACACACACACACACACGCGCAGGCAGAGUUCUAUAUCUGUGCAUAUAUCGCCCUGAGUGUACAUAGGGGGUUGCAUGGGCGCAGGCGCGAGGCUCGACACGAGAAGGUCUUCUCCUCGACGGGUCGCCAGUGUGCGUGAGCCGUAGUGAGUGUGGUGGUGAGAAUUUUGCUUUUCCGUGUCCCGCCCAACAUUUUUGCUAGUGCAAGGCGGAAAAUUGUCUGUUACGGCUGUCGUGUGUCGUGUAAAAGGGAAAUUUUUUCACCACCACCUUUGGUUGCCACUUGUACAACAUCCCAGCCAUCCAGAAUCGGUUCUCUCCUAAGCAUUAGUUCGCGCCCCAUCGCAAAGUCAUCUCCGCAGCACACUCCCUUUUUUCCCAACCAAAAAUAAUUUCACCACAGAAAGCCACCCCGCCCAGCCGUGCGGAGUCGAGAAUCAAAACAGUAUAUAUAGUGUCAAAAAAGAAAAGCUCCAUUUCACGCUACUAAAAAGCCCCAGUGCAAUGGAGGCGAUUAGUGGGGACACUUUGGCAAAGCCGAUGAUGGAACUGAGCGCAGAAUGAAGGGCCAUUUGCACCUCUGAGAGUGUCCUUUUCUUCAGGCCCCCUUGAGAAAACGCCCUCGCGCGAGAGACUGUGGACUUUCUCCGUCUUGGCACAAAAAAUGGAGUACCCAAUUCAUCUGUGUGCAGAUCAAUAUGUGAUGCUGAACACUAAUUGGGAGAAGUGUGUUCGGUGAGAUGAGCUUCUCUAUGAAACAAUUGGGGUGACAAGAGUGCAUUCAGGGGGGGCGCAAGGCACAUUGUCGUCAAGAGAUAUAAACCUACAUAGCACGGCACCCGUAUAAUACGUCUGGCAUUGGGGGUGUUGCGAUAUUUCAUCCCCCGAAGACCACACGAGAGAGGCUGCAAGUGGAUUAAGCGACACUGACAAGGUACACACCGAGUGAUCAACAUGCACCUAUUGAAGGAUACACUUCUGUCGAAAGCCCAAUUCGGAGCACUCUGGGUGGUACUUACCUUCGUCAUAUUUGUACCCCCGUCAAGGAGGCUGGCACUUGUCGAUGCUGCCACCGGGGGUGGAAGUAUGCUGGGCGACGUCAACAUAUCGGCUAUUCUGGACUCCUUCAGUAUUAGCUAUGACAAAAGAGUAAGACCAAACUAUGGAGGACCUCCGGUAGAAGUUGGAGUCACCAUGUAUGUGCUGUCCAUAAGUUCGCUGUCUGAAGUCAAAAUGGACUUUACACUGGAUUUCUACUUUCGCCAAUUCUGGACGGAUCCACGAUUGGCGUAUAGAAAGCGACCCGGUGUUGAAACGCUUUCCGUCGGCUCCGAAUUCAUCAAAAAUAUAUGGGUACCUGAUACAUUUUUUGUAAAUGAAAAACAGUCGUACUUCCAUAUCGCAACAACAAGCAAUGAAUUUAUAAGAAUUCAUCAUUCAGGUUCCAUAACUAGAAGUAUUCGUCUCACAAUCACAGCAUCCUGUCCAAUGAAUCUUCAGUAUUUCCCAAUGGAUCGACAGCUAUGUCACAUAGAAAUAGAGAGCUUCGGUUACACAAUGCGAGAUAUCCGUUACUUCUGGAGAGAUGGCCUAAGUAGUGUUGGAAUGAGCAGCGAAGUCGAACUUCCGCAAUUUCGAGUUUUAGGACACAGGCAGAGGGCGACCGAAAUUAACCUAACCACAGUCGGAUACACAAUGAGAGAUAUCCGAUAUAAGUGGAACGAGGGUCCCAAUUCGGUUGGUGUCUCGAGCGAAGUGUCUCUACCCCAAUUUAAGGUUUUAGGACACCGACAGAGGGCAAUGGAGAUCAGUCUUACCACAGGAAACUACUCACGACUCGCGUGUGAAAUCCAAUUUGUGCGAUCGAUGGGAUACUAUCUCAUUCAGAUAUACAUCCCAUCGGGAUUGAUUGUGAUCAUAUCGUGGGUAUCGUUCUGGCUCAACAGGAACGCCACGCCAGCCAGAGUUGCUCUCGGUGUUACCACAGUGUUGACCAUGACAACACUCAUGUCGUCUACAAAUGCAGCUCUGCCGAAAAUAUCCUACGUUAAAUCCAUUGACGUUUAUUUAGGAACGUGUUUCGUCAUGGUUUUCGCUAGUUUACUGGAAUACGCCACGGUCGGCUACAUGGCGAAGCGCAUUCAGAUGCGCAAACAACGAUUUAUGGCAAUCCAGAAGAUUGCCGAGCAGAAGAAGCUGCAAGUAGACGGCGGCCAGCCGCCACCGGGCGGCGGUGGCGGCGGCGGUGAUCAUGGACAUGGCCAUGGCCAUGGACACAGCCAUGGGCACAUCCAUGCACCGAAACAAACAGUGAGUAGCCGCCCAGCUGGUUUUUCAAGUGUGCAACCAAACGUUGGAUCGCGCGGUUGCUCGAUAGUGGGACCCUUGUUCCAGGAGGUGCGCUUCAAAGUCAACGAUCCCAAGGCUCACUCGAAGGGUGGCACCCUCGAGAACACAAUCAAUGGCGGUCGCGGCGGCGCAGCAGGACCAGGCGGCGGAGAUCGCGGCGGCGGCGGCGGCGGUGGCGGCGGCAGCGGCAGUGGACCCGAUGAGGAGGCCGGCGGCGGACCAUCACCUCCUCACCUCAUUCACCCGGGAAAGGAUAUAAAUAAGCUUCUAGGAAUAACACCGUCUGAUAUUGACAAGUACUCUCGAAUAGUCUUUCCCGUGUGUUUUGUGUGCUUCAAUCUUAUGUACUGGAUAAUUUAUCUGCAUGUCAGCGAUGUAGUGGCCGAUGAUUUGGUGCUCCUGGGUGAAGAUAAAUAGAUAAGAUAUAGCGAAAAGAAAAACUCCACCCGCAUAAGAACUGAAGUUCUCAUUCUACACGUUAAAGAUUACACUAGACAUGAAAAUUCAAGAACACUUUUUUAUAUCAAAAGAGACAAAAGUUUACAAAAAAAAAAUCCAUUGAGUCAUCCCGAUGUGCUUUUCUGUUAAGAUUUAAAAUGCCCGGUACCAAAAUUGAUAAAACUUGUAAUAAUGAAAAGGAAAAACACUUUUCAAGUGCUCUGCUCUUUAAAGAAGAACAAAUAUUUUUUAAUUUUUCUCUUUUCGUGGAAACCAAAAAAUUGCGAGAUAAAUUAACUUUGUGUGGUGUAAGAAUUUGCUUCCAACUAAGAUGCCAAAGAUAUUUAAAAGAAAGAAAAAAAACGACGUUAUAAGAUUUGUGUUCAUGAGACAUUUCGCGCUCUCUAUGUAAAAUUCUCUUUUUUCUAUUAAUGAGUGAAAUCCUGCACAAAUCUCGAAUAUUGCAGCACACUUUUCUCUCUUAUAUCACACAAUUUUUCACACGCAUCGGGAUGUGAAUUAUUGCCAAAAAUCCAAUUUAUUGCAUUUGAGAGUGGUCCAACAUUCAUUGCAAUCCGCUUAAGUCAUCGAAGGCAAAAAUCUUCUCUUUUUUAUCACACCACACGUAAAAUCUAAUUUCUAAAAAUAAAUAAAGAAAUAAAAUUCUCUCGAUAAUGUGGGAAAUCCAGGAUGAACUUGAAAACGCCAGUGGAUUUUUCUCAUCGAGUUCAUUUGUGAUUGAAUAUCCAGAAACGCUUUACCCCAAGUGUAGCCUUGAGGUUAGGUUCACAAGAGAGUGUCGUAAACAUACCCUCAGAGCACCUUGGCUCAAACCCGACAAAAAGAAGUAAAAAAGAAAAACACGUUAAGCAAAAACAAAACACGGAAUCAAAAGAAUUAAUCAGAAAUAGAUUUGCAGAGAGAGCCAUGCCAGGAUAUUCGGUGGGGAAGACGUGACAAAAAUGUGAUGAUAUAUUUGAGUUGAAGGAGUAAACGGUCUUUCAGCUCCGCGAGAGACGCGCGCGCGCGAUUGUCAGGCGGAACGUCCGAAGUCCCUCAUUGCACCUCACCACAAAUCGUCAAGUAAUUAACAAAACAUAGACGUGUUAGAAUUUCAAGAGUCCCCGCCAAAGUCAUCAAUCAAAAUGUAUCAUUGAGAUUUAGAUGUAAAAAAAAAGAAAGAAAGUCACAUUUCAGACUGCAAAAUCCUCCUUCCGCGGUUUGCUCAAUUUAACGCAAUCAUUCUUACUAAUGGACUUCUUUUGCUGUUCUCUUAAGAGUCACUCUAUUUUCUUCAAAAAGCGAUCUGAAUGGGGGCUAAGAAAAAUAGGGGGGGGGGUCAUAAAUUUUCAUGACAAAUAAAACUGGGAGUAAUUUCACAAGGAAAACUCCGCGAAAUGCUCCACAAUCUCUCUUAUCUAUUAUGAGAGAAAGAGAGAGAGACAGAUUUUCUACUCUACUUAAGUCACAUACACACACAACUUAAUCAUUUCUUUGAGUGUCGUACGUCUUUUUCUCGGUAAACAAGUAAAAAUUUUUCUUUCGGUUUUUAAAGAAGACAAGAAAGUAACCUUAGGAAAAUACGGGGCGAGCGAAAAAUGAAACGAGGGGACAAAAGUAGAUUACUUAGAGUAAAAUUAAAAGGCAGGGUAUUAUAGGAAAAAAAAACCAUGAUAAAUUAUCCUUCAUGUUUGCAUUGAACCUUACAAAUAAGGGAAAUAUUCACGAACGAGCACUUGAGGUUUUUCACACUAUAAUAAAAAUGACGAUGAGACAAUUGUUAUGUGGAAAUAUGAAAUGAAAAAAAAAAUGAAGAAAAAAAAUUCAUUGUAAGUUGUGAAAUGCGCAAAAAAUGAAUUUUGAGUCGCCUCAGCUAAAAGAAAAAAAAGGUGAGAAAAAAGGACAGCCAAUUGAGAAAAUGUGUAUCCAGGUGAUGAAGCAGACUUAGUGCUAAUAGUAGGACAAUUAAAAUGAACAAUUGAUAUGAUUAAUGCACCCUGAAAACACACAUUACCACACCAGUUUAUGUAAAGUCAAGUUACAUUACAAAAAAAAUGUAUAUUACAUAGCGAUUAUUAUUAGUAAAUUUACUACACACGAAAUCACACGAAAGUGAAAGUAAUCUAAAGAAAAAAAACUAUACAAUGCUAAUAUAUUAAUAUUAUAUAUUGAAUAAAAGAAGUGAAAAACACCUACAUAUUAUAUAAUCGUAUAUAUACAUUUAUGUAUAAAAAAGAUUGAACGGAAUUCCAAAUGUAGAUGACUCAAGCCCAAUAUGGCGCUGGCAUGGCGCGCGCUUCCUUUGACAGCUGUCAAACGCAGCGCACGUCUUGUCAGCGUGUGAAGUUUAGCUGUCAAAUUUAUUUUAAGCGCAGAACAACCAUCCAAGUCUUUCUUUACUAUGGAAUAAAAAAAAACCACUAUAUAACUACAAAAAAAUCUCAUUUCACGUUUAAUGUAAAAUGAUCAUUGAAAUUAUUAACAAAAUAAAAAGAAAACUGCACACAAAUUCAUUGUAGAUUUAAAAAAAAAAUAAAAAUCACGCUACAAGAUAUUAAAAAUGAAAAAUUCUAAUAGAGAUGAUCGCAAUACUCAAACUCAUUAUUUCACCAAAAAAUGAAAUGUAAAUUUUAUAUAGAUAUUAAAAGAUGCAAGGAAGUUAAAUGAAGAAGAGAAAAAAAAACAGUCACGAGGAAGCUGAGGAAAUACCAUUUUAUCAAGUCCUUUGAAUCAAUGUGCAAGUUAGGGAAAAAAAAAUUACUAAUGACUAAAUGAUGAGGAAAUAUGACAGAAAAAGAUAUAUUUAAAAGUUUAAGCAAUAUCUUUUCAUACAUAAAAAAAAGUGGAAAAAAGUGAAGAAUAAGUAACCUAAUAAAUUAUGAAGAAAAAAAAAAUAAUAAAAAGUAAUAUUAAACGUAUUUAAAAGUUAUUAUAAAGGGUAAAAAAAGAAAGAAGGAAAUCUAAUGAGGAGAUGAGAAAAAUUAAUAAGGCACGUUGAUUCUGAAGCCACUUUAUAUAAAGAGAAGAAGAAAAAAAACGUAUUGGAUGUAAACGUAUAGGGGAUCCCCUAGGCGAUGACACUUUGUCAGGUUCUCAACAACAACAAAAACAACCACUCGGAAAAUGGUUAUCAUUCUUGUUCACGCGAUCACACGCAUUGAAGCUCUGAACCUGGCCGCGUGAUCACCACCUAAGGCGGUGCCUGUUUAUGUCUGCUACAAACGAAAUUCUAAAUUUAAAUAUAAAAUAUAACAUAAUUAUAUGUAGAUAUUACACACAUGAAAAUAUACCUACAAUAUUAAUUUAAUAUUAUUUGUAAGGUGAAAAUGAUGAAGAAAAAAAAUCUACCAAUUACAAGACGUGAAGUUAUGUUAUCGAAGAAGAAGAAAAAAAAACAACCAAAUAUGAAACUUCUUUACUUUGGUGGGACUUUUUAAAUUUUUGCUAAACCAUUAAAAUCGGUGAAAGAAAAAAAAAACUCUGUUCUCGCUUAUCAUCUUCUCUGUGCGCAUUCAUUUCAUAUAUAUAGACAUGUUUUCGGAAAACAUACUCCCCUUUUUACCCACAUGUUAUGGCUCUGAGUUUCCAAUGAUCCAAUGAAUAGUUGGUGAAAGUUAAAAUGUCCCACUCAAGCAAAGUUGAACACAAUUUUCCCUCAACCCCAUGAAUUCCCCCAUCAAACCAUGAGUGAGCAAAACUUGUGAAGAAGGUGAGAAAAAUUCCAAGAAGAACUCCAUUUUAUUCGGCGAAAGAAAAAAUCCUUAUUUUCUAUAUACAAUCCAAAAUGUCCAUCAAAAAAACACACUCAUGGAGCGAAGCUAAAAAAUUCUAAGGGAAAGUCAAGCAGAAGGUCGUGCAAUGUAAACCAAGACAAAACAAGAAGAAGAUAGUGAAGAAAAACAACAAAAAAUACCUAAAUGUGUUCUUUUAGUUGAUUUUUGUAUAAAAAAAAUGAAACUUUUUAAUGAGCUGAUGAACAAGCGAUGAAAAAAACAACUCUCAAAAAGGACAGUAAAUUUAAAUUUGUAAAUAUUAGAUGAAAAACAAUACACUAAUUUCACCCCUCCAAAGUAAAAAGGCAAAAAUUACUACAAAAAAA